AUGAAUCCGAUUGAAUCACCAUAUUAUCAACAUAGACAGGGUAGUUUAGAGAAGCUUGCCGCACGUAGUAUGUCUGAUUCCGGAGACUCAGAUUCUAAUCAACAUGUUCCUCAUAGCGAUGCUAACGGUAUCCAAUAUAGACCACAAGAAAAUGGAAGGGUAAUCCCAAGAGGAGAAAUCCUAACCCGUAUUGUCCCGUAUUAUGAAUUGUUUAUAACCACUUCUGGGCUACUCGGUUACCACAUCCUAACCGUUGCUGAAAAACACAUCAAAGGCAAUGGAAAACAUAUAUUUCUAUUCGGAGCAUGUGAUCCAAUAAAUUAUCAAUCCGAUAUAGAUUUAUGCUCUGCCUCAAUGUUAACCUGGAGUUUAAUAGGUGGAGCGGUAUUAUAUUUCAUAUCAGCAAGUUUAAUUGCAUUUUUGUUGUUCUUGGAAUGUCGUAGAAACGGUUAUCCCGGGAUGUUUACCGCGUUAUGGAACUCCCCUUUCUUUUUGGUUUGUUAUUUCUUUAACGAGAAACACCGUAUUGAUUUACUGACUAUUCCGAAUCGACUGAUGGGAUUUCGUAAAUGGACACGCUCGCAUAUUCAUCGGCUACUAUUUUCGGUUUAUGCAUUAAUUAAUACUUGUUUGAUUGCCAAUAAUUUGUCAAAAAAAACGGUCGAUAAUAGUGAUUAUGAGGCGACUAAGAACGAGCAAGGACGUGAUCUUU